AUGAGGAGGAACCACCCUUUAAAAUCAUCAAAAAGUUCUGUAAAUGUGAUGAAGACAACCGAUAAUUACGAUGAUGCAGAAGCAUUAUCCACAAUGGCCAGAACUGGUACUAAACAAAGGUUAAUAGCAGAAGACAUACUUAGACAUGGAAGUGUAAGAGUUGCUGGUGAGGUAUUCACAUUUCGAGAACUGGCUAGCGCAACAGAAAACUUUAAUCCCGAGUUGCUAAUAGGCGAAGGCGGAUUCGGAAGAGUCUACAAGGGAUAUCUUAAGAACACAAAUCAAGUUGUUUUUCUGUCCAGACUUUGGCUGUUAAGCAACUUGACCGGAAUGGAGUACAAGCCUCGUUUACCAUCCGAACCUGGUUAG